AUGUUACCUGCAAUUAGAAAGAAUGCAAUAGGACAAACUCAGCACCUUAAUCAGAUGGUUCGCACGAUCACCUAUCUCGUGCCGGGAAGUCGUGUACGUGGUCUGAAACGAGAGCCAUCCAGCUAUUUGAAAAGUCCAAAGGGACUUUCCUAUCAAGAGAUAAAGGUAUCAGAAUAUCACGACAGAGUAAGAAAAAGCCUGCAGUUUGAUGAAAACGAAAUUGAUUUACCAAAUGAGAUUUUAUUGCAGUGUUUGACUCAUAAAUCUUUUGCUCAUGGUUCAAAACCUUAUAAUGAAAAAUUAGGCUUACUAGGUUCGCACUUUCUAAAGUACCAGGCCUCAAUACACUCGAUCAAACAACCACAGCUGCUUUCGCUAGUAGCGCCAAAUAAAUUACAACAAGCAGUUAAUGGGUUAAACUUCGCCAAUUUGGGUACUCAAGUAUCCAAAUUUUUAAUUUCGAAGCCUGCAAUGGCUGCAUUUGUGAAGGCAAAAAAUAUAGACUCGUUGGUAUUUUGGAAAAUGAAGGAUCCGCUCAAGGAUUCGCACCAUAAUGGAGAGACGACAAUUUUUUCUUCUGUUUUAAACGCUCUUGUAGGAGCAAUUCUCUUAACGAAUGGCCCAGAGAAAGCUAAUCGUUUUGUAAGUAAUUGUUUGUUGGGUGUUGACAAAGAUAUCUCACUGGUGAAAAUUGCCAACGAGAGCUUCCAGAGCAGCAAUAGCGGCAGCAAUAGCACCUUCACCACUGAAAAAUAG